AUGAUAUAUCAAAGAAUGAGCACAAAAGUAAUAGCAGCAGUUGGGGAAAGAGAAAACUUUGAAGGUAGUGUUGGAUUACACCAAGGGUCAGCAUUAAGCCCAUUUUUGUUUGUGCUGGUCAUGAAUGUGUUAACUGAAAAGAUCAGGAAUGAAGAGCUGUGGGCGUUGUACACUGAUGAUUUGGUGAUUACUACAGAAAGUGAGGAAGACCUACAGAGAAGGGUUGGAGAGUGGCAGAAGUCUUUAGAGAGGGGUGACUUGAAGGUGAAUGUGAAUAAAGCAAAGGUUUUGGUGAGCUGUAGGGAAGAUAGAGGCAGAACAUUAAUACAAGUGGAAAAAUUUAAAUACUUAGGAUCUACUUUAAGCCAAGAGGGAGGAUGUGAGGCUGAAGUUGACAGUUUAUACAAAAUGUUAAUCAUUGCUCUUGUAUUACCACCAACAUCUGCAUCUUGUUUCAUCUGUGUUGAAGUUCCUUGCCAUGAAGAUUCAAGUAUUAAAACUGCUGACUCGGAAAGCACUGUGUAUGCUGUGUUUAUAUCAUUUGCUGAAAUUUCAAUGAAUACUUUAUGA